UGGUGGAGCUGGUUCCUAAGACAACCCAUGAAACAUGCAUCCCACUAGUGAGACUGCUUUCACAGCAGCUGCGGGGGAAACUGAAUCCAGCACUUGAAACCUGCGAGAGAAACAGAGAGCGAGAGAAUCUAGCCACACUUCCUGUUGUGACAGCAAACGUGAGAGGAUAUAUGAUGCAGCAACCCGCCACAUGAACUUAACCUUCCUUUUACAACAGAUAAUCAUUCAGUGUCUGCAGACUUCUGGGUUUGUUCCAGCUCCCACAAGAUGCAUAUGAAUAGCUUACUAAAUCAAUUGACGAGCAUCUCCAGCAUGUGUGAUGUUGACGUAUCAGAGCCCACCAGUCCGACCCUGUGUGGGGAGUCUUCAGACAAGUACUAUCAUGUGGACCGUUGGCAGAAACUCCGCACCGCCGUGCGCAAACUGGAGUUCUGGGAAAACUUCACCACUGAGCUAAUUGGGAGUGGCUUUUUCUCAAAGGUCUAUAAGGUGAUACACACUAAUAGCCGCAAGGUGAUGGUUGUGAAGAUAUACAAAAAUGACGUGGACCAAGACAGCAUUGUACGGGAAAUCAGCCUUCUUCAGAAACUCUCUCAUCCAAAUAUUGUCAGAUAUCUGGGAAUAUGUGUUAAAGAAGACAAACUCUAUCCAAUUUUAGAGCAUGUGAAUGGUGGCUGCCUUGAGGAGCUCCUGGCGAGGAAAGAUGUUCCCCUGUGCUGGAAAGAGAAGGUCGACCUUGCCUGUGAUAUUAGCAGAGGAAUGAUCUACCUGCACUACAAGAAUAUUUACCACAGAGAUCUCAACUCAAAAAAUUGUCUGAUCCGAAUGACAUCCCGCGGUCGGGAGGCCCUGGUGACAGACUUCGGUCUUGCGAGAGAGGUGGUGGAACUGCCAGUCAAAAGCCCUGACAGGAAGCUUUCAUUGGUGGGCUCUGCGUUUUGGAUGGCCCCGGAGAUGCUCCGAGGCGAGCCGUAUGACCGCAAGGUGGAUGUUUUCUCCUUUGGAAUUGUACUUUGUGAAAUCCUGGCUCGGAUCCCUGCUGACCCUGAGAUACUGCCCAGAACACAGGACUAUGGGUUGGAUACGAAUGCAUUCAAGGAGAUGGUGGCAGACUGUCCUCAACAUCUCUUGGAACUGGCAGCGAGCUGCUGUAUGCUCGAGUCCUACAGGCGUCCAGCGUUCACAGAGUUGUUAGAUGAGUUAGGCGAAGUCGCCGAGAGUCUGGAACAGCCGCCAAAAUCGCAACUACCUUUGACCUGAGCUGCCGAAGAGAUGAAUCACCGGAGGCACUGGAAGAACAACAUCGACCCGAUUAAGAGGCAAUCGUAUUUCAUCAACCUGCGACAAGACUGCUCAACUGAGACGAAUAUAUGUCAUAUGUUUUCGGGAAGGAAUAUGAUGAAUGGUCAUGGACGCUUUUACUUUUUUACUGAUACUUGCAUGUAUUUAAAUAGAUUGAGAGGAGUGUAUACUGUACACAGCGACUUUGGUUUCUUCUUCUUGUUUUUUUUCCCAAGUCCAAUUAGAGCAAAAGGUAACAUGCUGUUUUCUUCUUUUUUUCAAUUCUUGACAAAGGGUUUGGCUUGUAACCAACUCUGAAGACAGUCACGUCUGUCGAUGUAGUUUAUUCCUCUUCCGUUUGUUCCACUUCGCUCCUCUUUUUUUAAUUCAGUCAAGGUGAAGUUUGACAGCUGACAUCUACUGUCAUCAGAAAUCAGGACAACGAUGAAGAAUGUACUCAAAACAGCCUUUGAAUACAAAGAGCAAGGCUUUCAAAUCAGGAACAGAAGGCAUGGCACAUUUGACUUUGUGGACUUGUCGACUUUGCGAGGCUUCCACGCUGGCUUUUGUGAUGAUGAGACCACACUGGGAGAAGGCUCAAGUGGUCUUCUGACACAAUAAAUAUAAUGUCAUGAAAGAGCCACAAAGGCAUCAGCUAUUUGAAUAGAAGUAGGGCUGCCCCGACAUGAUCGGUAAUCCGCGCCCGAUCACGUGAUUUUUAGAGGAUCUGCAUCAGCUGAAAAAGAUCGGAUUUUUACAUUUUAAUAAAGAGUUCUUAAAUCAAGAAUAACAGAUUUUAGUUGUUAACUCGAUUAGAAACACUGCUAGUUUACAGCGACAUAAAAGUGUAUCAUCUUGGUAUACCUUUAUUCAAAUAAUCAUAAAAAUAAUAAUCAGAAUAUACUUGAGACAAUUUGGAUGUGGUCUCAUUUAGGUAGGUGUCGGAUCGGGACUUGCAAAAAUACAAAAAAAUGGGAUUAGGUCAUCAUAAAAUAGAAGUGUUGAUGUUUUUCUUGAAAAUGCAAAAGUUCAAAAGAGGUGCGCAAGAAAGAUUUUGUCUUUGGUGUCCAAAUGAACUAGCACAGACAAAACACUGGCCAUUCAUUUAUUUCUCACUAAAGACAACAUAACUACAGUUUAUGUCAAAAUGAAUAACGCGCUGUAUUAUAAACUGGAGUUUACAUCGACGUUUGAUGAGUUUCAGGAUUACAAAAUUAUUUUUGAUUCAAAAGUGCAGAUGGUGGUUUUUGGGGUAUUUUUAUACAGAAAGAUUUCAAGAUUACAAGAUAUAUAGCUAGGAUGUGUAUAUAUAUUGAUCUGAUCUGCAUUCAUUGUGCUUUUCUGUGGUUGCUAAUGCAGUUUUUAUGACGAAUUGUCAAACUAAUGAACCAUUUUUUUCCAUGUGUUUGUAUUAUCACAUUAAAAAGAUUAUAAAGUU